CCCGCCUCUCUCUCUCUAUCACUCACCAAGAAAGAAUCGCAGCAGGGGAUUGGCUUUCGAAACACACAUAGCAUAGAGCAGAGGAAGAGGGAAACUGGGGAAUUUGGGUCCUCGUCUCUUUCAGACUCUUCUUUCUCCCACAUACGCACACCCACACACGCUUUAAUCCACUCCCAUCAUCACACACACAGUCGCCAUCCUCCCUCUCUCUCUCUCUCUCUCUGCAAUAAAUAAAGGGAUCCAUCCAUGGACAGAGUGGAAGAAUAAUUUCAUUUCCAACUCCCAGCUCACUCAACAGCUCAAAGGGUCUUUAUCUUUCUCUUCCCGGUUGAAGCCGGACACCUCCACUGAGAUUUGAUCUGUUGGGAAGUGGGCAAGGAAAAUGGUGCCGGAGAAGCAAGCAGAGGAGGCAAUAGUGGCGUCGUCCACAAACUAUGGGGAGGCAGAGCAUGACGGAGGAGGGAAGCGAGAAGUAGGAGCACAGGAGGAAGAAGACGACCACUCCAUAUUCAGCGUCAAGAGCAUCCUCUGGCAUGGCGGCUCCGCCUGGGACGCCUGGUUCAGCUGCGCCUCCAAUCAAGUGGCGCAAGUGCUGUUGACACUACCGUACUCCUUCUCCCAACUGGGGAUGCUGUCCGGCAUCGUGUUCCAGAUAUUUUACGGACUCGUAGGGAGCUGGACGGCCUACCUCAUCAGUGUCCUCUAUAUUGAGUACCGAGCCCGCAAGGAGAAGGAGAACGUCAGCUUCAAGAACCACGUCAUUCAGUGGUUCGAAGUGCUGGACGGAUUGUUGGGCCCUUACUGGAAGGCCAUGGGGCUCGCCUUCAACUGCACGUUCCUGCUCUUUGGGUCAGUCAUUCAGCUCAUUGCUUGCGCAAGUAACAUAUACUACAUAAACGACCGGCUGGACAAGAGGACGUGGACGUAUAUAUUCGGGGCGUGCUGUGCGACCACAGUCUUCAUACCCUCCUUCCACAACUACAGAAUCUGGUCUUUCCUCGGGCUCGGGAUGACCACUUACACAGCGUGGUACAUGACCAUCGCUGCUGUGGUCCACGGCCAGGUGGGAGGGGUGACCCACAGUGGGCCAAAGAAGCUGGUGCUGUACUUCACCGGAGCCACCAACAUUCUUUACACUUUCGGAGGCCACGCCGUCACUGUGGAAAUCAUGCACGCGAUGUGGAAGCCGCAGAAGUUCAAGUACAUAUACCUUCUGGCGACGCUGUAUGUCUUCACCUUGACGAUUCCAUCGGCAACCGCAGUCUACUGGGCUUUCGGCGAUCUACUCCUUAAUCGCUCCAAUGCCUUGUCGUUGCUCCCCAAGUCUGGAUUUCGUGAUGCCGCGGUUAUCUUGAUGCUCAUUCAUCAGUUCAUCACAUUCGGGUUCGCUUGCACGCCGUUGUACUUCGUGUGGGAGAAGGUGAUAGGGAUGCACGACACCAAGAGCAUAUGCCUAAGGGCACUGGCAAGGCUGCCGGUAGUGGUGCCGAUAUGGUUCCUGGCCAUCAUCUUUCCUUUCUUCGGGCCCAUCAACUCCGCCGUCGGGGCUCUCCUGGUCAGCUUCACCGUCUACAUCAUCCCUGCCUUGGCUCACAUGCUCACCUAUCGAACCGCCUCGGCUCGCCAGAAUGCUGCGGAGAAGCCGCCUGUUUUUUUACCGAGCUGGACUGCCAUGUACGUGGUCAAUGCCUUCGUGGUGGGGUGGGUCCUAGUAGUGGGGUUCGGGUUCGGAGGAUGGGCAAGCAUGACCAACUUUGUCAGGCAGGUAGAUACCUUCGGACUCUUCGCCAGGUGCUAUCAAUGCAAGUCCCCGACAGCGCCAUCUCCGCCAGCGGCUCACCAUCGAUGAUCUCACAAAUUUGACAGCACCCGAGCCCGGAGCCUCUCUCUUUCUCACACACCCAUGAUAUGUAAUCUAAAGGAUUGGGAGGCAGCAAAUGCUUCCCUUGCAAUUUACAUGCAAUGUUUGCUGGAGACUUUUUCCUUAAUUUUCAUUUCAUUUUAUUUUUGGGAAAGAAAUUUGUUGAUAGUAUAGACUAUAGUGUGCUGAAUGAUUAAGAUUCCUUUACUAUAUAUCUUAAAGCCAAUAUAUAGUUCAGUUUGGAUCA